GGUAUCAUUCUCUGCCUCUGCAUUGGUGAGUGUGUGCAGCUAGUCUGUCUCUGUGAUUGCUUGUGCAGUUUCGUGAGUGUUGCCGCUGUCACCGAGCUUGCUGUGAGUGUGUGGUGGCCGCUGGGCUCCCCGGUGUGGCAUGGCCAGAGCACAGCAGGACGGCAGCUCCCGAGAACCAGUAGAGGGUCUGCCCCGGGAGGGCCCCAGAACCUUUCCCCUGGGGCGGCUCAUGCCCUCUGCAGUCUCCUGCAGCCUCUGCGAGGCUGGCCUGAACCCUUCUGGUGACUCCAUGUGUCCAGCCCCUGGCCCCGCGCUGGCACCCCCUUCCCUCCUGCCCCUCGCCUACUUCUGCACUCGACAGCCCCGUUCCUAUGGGGGCCCCCGCUGGGCCCGGGUGGCCAGGAGCCCAGCCCCCAGCAGCCAGGGCCAGAGUGGCUCCCAGCCCUCGUUGGGUGAAAGGUCUGCAGAGGACCAGGAGGAGGGAGGACAGGAGGUAGAACCCCAGGGAGCAUCCCCGAUGUCUGGUGGCCCCCCAGGGGUGUUAGGCCCAGACCACGGGGGCCAAGCAGAGCAGCAAGACCGGGAGAUUGGGGCCCAGCUCCGAAGGAUGGCCGAUGACCUCAAUGCUCUGUAUGAGCAGCGGAGACGAGAGGAGGAGCAAAGACGGCAUCUCUCCCCCUGGAGGCUGCUCUACAAUCUCGUCUCAGGACUCCUGGCCCCACACCGAGGGAACCGGAUCCCCGAGAUCGAACCCAACUAGCCUCCAGUGCCCACCUUGCAGGACACCAUGUGUUGGGGGGGUGCAGCUGGAGGAGCUCUGGAGGGCAGGACCUUCCAACCCCCCCCCCCUUCCUGUGGACUCUUGGCAAAAUGUAGCAUAUCAGAGAUGGGCACAUAUGCCCCCUUUGGGGGGGGGCCAGGGUCGGGGCGAAUGACUCUGGGUCCAGCACUGGAAAAAGCCCCUGCCUGGAUUGCUUGGGAGGACAGUUGUGGGGGGGCGGGGAGCAGUUCUGACUCACUGGAGGCCCCAGGAGGAGGGGGCCUGGUGGGAGGAAAGGGGGAGCCUCCAGAGGGGGCACCCAGGGAGUCCGGGGGGAUGGUAAGUGAUGGAGCUGCCCCCUCUGCCCCCUGCCAUCUCAGGAAGGGCCAGGGCUCGGGGCCUCCUUGUCCCUGGCUUAUCCUCGUCCUGCCCAAGGUGGCUGGCCUUCUCUCCAGGCUUUGCUCUCUGCCUUGUUGGAACGAGCCAAAAACUAACCACUAGCUUCCCAGAGGGAAAGAGGCGCUAAGCUGUACCACGUGGAGCCAGUCUGUCUUUCCUGAGCCGGCAGGUAACCCUGCCUCAGUUUUCAUUACCUUGGGGAGGGGUGAGAAGGAAACAGAAGGGGGGAUGGCCCUCUCUCUAGCACCUCCCAAGUCAACCCCACUGCGGAACUGAAAAAGUGUGGGGUUCACCUUCCUCCCCUGUGCCCCAGGAGGCUGAGGGAGGAAGCCUCUGGGCAAGAAGGCGUGGGCUGACAUUCCCCCUCGGGGCAGGACGGGGACCCUCCGAGCAAGGAGGCUUUGGGGGAGGGGGCAGGGGAAGGGAGGGAGGGAGGAGGGGCCUAGCUUGUAAAUAGACUGUACAUGAUGCUGUGUGCUGUAGAUACUGGAAUGAAUUUUCUGUACAUGUUUGGUUAAUUUUUUGUACAUGAUUUUUGUAUGUUUCCUUUUCAAUAAAAUCAGAUUGGAGCAGGAACAGUU